AUGAGUGAACUUGAUUUAGUGUUUUUAUGUGAUACUACAGGGUCUAUGGGUUCAUAUCUUCGUGCUGCACAAGAAAGUAUUGAGAAGAUAAUUAGUACAAUUAUACAAUCAGAGAAAUGUGAUGUUAGAUUUGCACUUGUUGAAUAUAGAGACCAUCCACCACAAGACAAUUCAUUUGCGUUUAGACUCACUGACUUUACUGAUUCUAUGAAAGCUAUCAAAGAAGCAGUUAAUAGGAUGAAUGCAAAAGGAGGAGGAGAUGAACCAGAGUCUGUUUGUUGUGGAAUGCACUGUGCAAGUAAUUUAAAGUAUCGAGAAAGUGCAGCAAAGGUGAUAGUUUGGAUUGGUGAUGCACCACCUCAUGGGUUUAUUAGGGAAGGAGAUGGGUUCCCUAAAGGAUGUCCAUGUGGAUAUGAUUUACUUAAAGAAGUAAGAGAAUGUAUGAAAAAAGAUAUUGUCAUAUAUUGUGUAGGUGCAGAACCAUUAGGAAGUAGAUAUUUAAGAACAUUAAUGCGAGCAGUAGCACAAUUAACAGGAGGACAAUAUGCAGCACUAGCAUCAGCUAAUGUUCUUGGAGAAUUAAUCACUAAUGGAGCUAUUGAAGAGGUUCAAAUGAAAGGAGUUAUUA